UAAUGUUGAGCUAAUCGCGAACAAAUUCGGGUUGCAAGUGGGAGUAAUGGAAAAGGGGAUAAAAUUGGAAUACGUGCGGCCGCUGUAACGCUGCAAAUUGUGCAAAACUAAACCCCUAAAAGUGUCAUAAAAUUGCUCCAUCUACCGCAGAUUGCAAUAAUAAAAAACAUUUAAAAUCCGAGAGGCAACGCGAAAUUAAAUCAAAGUCUGUGUGCGCUGCCCACGAACAACAACAAAUUGCCUGGUUUGCCAAGGUGUUUUAAUGCUUAUUUAUUUAUAAAACAUGCUACGCAUGACUAAUGAAACGGGUUGGCGUUAUUAAAAACGAUUAAAACCAAAAAUACUCAGAUAACUACAAGAAACGCAAAAAAUCCCCAAGGCACACACACACGCACGCACACUAGCACAGUUUUGUGGUGGCGCCUAGGGUCCAAAAACAACAACCACAAGAGGAUAACACCAACAACAACAACGACAGCAGCAACAAGGGCAAUUCAUCAAUUGUUAAUUGUCAACAAAGGCAUUAUUUAUUAACGUUAAAUAAACACUAAAAAUAAGCAGCAGGCAGGCCAGCCAGUAAUUAUGCUUGACCCUGGUCCAACAACAAAAGCCCCAUCUCCGAUUCCAUCGCAAGUGGAAGAGAGACGCAGCUAAAACCACGCUGAGGAGUUGCAACGCAAUCGUCGCCUAGCCUGCAAGCAUCCAGGGCAUCGUUAUCAAAAUACUCACAGCUUGAAAGCGGGAACCAGCCAUCAACGAAAUAAAUCGAAAGAAGCGAACGACGAACAAGUGGAGCGGAGUCCAGACUGAAACUGAGACUUAGACUGACUGAGAUUUCCGAGAUUUGGCAAGACAGCCAACAGUCAACAGCCAACAGCCAACAUGGUGGCCGUGGGCAAUUUACACAACACGCGCAUGCUGCGCUUCCUUUUAGUCCUAAUCGUGGUGAUCCUUACCAUUUUCAUCUACGCCUCGUACUCGACAACGGGCACCCUAACCGCCAGUCAUCUGCAUUCGGCGGCAUCGCCACCGCAACAACUAAUUGGCGGUCAUCCCGGUCGGCUGCCAAUGGAACAGGUGCUGGUAGUCAACAACACGGACAAGGAGUAUGGCUCACCAGCUGGCGUAGAAAGUGCGGCCAAAGUAGCGAGCAGCAGACAGUCGCAGCAGCAGCAGCAGCAGCAGCAGCCAGCCGAGAUUCACAAGAAGCAUCCGCAGCACCGGCUGCCCACCAUCGAUGAGGAUGCUCUGCUUGACGGUGGCUCUGCCGGCGCCAGUCCCCAGGUGGGUGGCCCCGAGCAGACGCCCAAUGGCAUGGCGGAUGAGCUGCUGCUGGAGGAGCAGCAGUAUGGUCAGAGCGUUGAUGGCAUCACUGGCAACAUCAACAGCAGCACGAACAACAACAAUAGCAGCUCUGGCGACACGUUGGUUGUCAAACAACCGAUUGCCGCCCAAUCACCACAGCAGCAGCAAACGCAAUCGCAGGUGCAGCCAGGGCUAUCUGAUGCGGAGCUCCUCAUACCCACUUCCAAUUUGCAGAAAUUUAUAGAGAAUGCCGAUAAGAUACUGAAGAAUAUCACCUCAAAUAGCAGCACUGGCAAUGGAGUUGCAGUCCCGGCAACCGGAACAGACCCAAACUCGGAUAAAGGCAAUCAACCGGAUGUGGCACAACUCAAUAUGGUGGAUGGCCCUUUGGAGGGCCCGGAAAUGGAAGCCGCAAAACAGGAGGCCGAAUCCAAGGUGAUCCAGGAGAUCAAAGAGGCGAAGAAAGAGGCUGCAGUUCCAUCACCAAAGUCCGCCCGACCACCGGUGCCCGUUGCAAAGACGACAAAGAGCAAGAUCGUGGCCAAGGAGCCGCCCAAUGCUCCAGUGGAUCCCUCGAAGGGCGUGGCCACCGAGCAGCUCUAUGAGCCGGGCCAUUUGGACGAGGAAGUCGAUGCGGAGCGCAUUUGUCCAAGAGACGGAGAGUUCAUCAAGCUACUUGUGCUCAUUAGCUCGGCAAUGUCUCAUGAUGCAGCCAGGAUGUCCAUUCGGCAGACGUGGAUGCACUACGGCAGCAGAAGGGACGUGGGCAUGGCCUUUGUCUUGGGGCGCGGGACCAAUGAAACCCUGAACAAGGCGCUCACCCAGGAGAACUUCAUCUACGGAGAUCUGAUACGGGGCAAUUUCAUAGACUCGUACAAUAACCUCACCCUCAAGACGAUCUCGACGCUGGAGUGGGCGGAUCUGCACUGCCCGAAGGCCAAGUACAUCCUCAAGACGGACGACGACAUGUUCAUCAAUGUGCCCAAGCUGCUGACCUUCCUCGACAAGCAUAAGGACAAGCGAACCAUAUACGGCCGCCUGGCCAAGAAGUGGAAGCCCAUCCGCAACAAGAAGUCCAAGUAUUAUGUGGCUGUGGAUCAGUUCGCGGCCGGGGUGUUUCCUUCCUUCACCACCGGACCUGCCUACGUGCUCACUGGAGACAUUGUGCACGAGCUUUACGUACGGUCGCUGAAGACCGUGUAUUUGAAGCUGGAGGACGUGUUCACCACCGGUAUUGUGGCCAAGAGCCUGAAUAUCAAGCGGGUGCAGGCGAACGAGUUCGUCAACCGACGCAUCUCGUUCAACCCGUGCAACAUUCGUAACGCGAUCAGCGUGCACAUGAUCAAGUCGAACGAACAAUUCGAUCUGUGGAAAAAGCUGCUGGACCAGACCACCAAGUGUAAAUAGUAUUUUAAGUUUAGAGUUUAGUCUGCCGGUCUGAAGUAUCCAGUGUUAGAGAAGGGUGGUCUGUCGCGAAGCAGAGCAAAAAUAUGUAAUAUGUAAUACGAGUAGAGAAUGAUUAGCAAAGGCAGCUAUAUAGGAUUAUAAAGUUAGCAUAGUCUCUAAGUCCUAGAAAUAUCACAAAUUUCGCUGUCGAUCCCAGCAUCUGCCUAUAUGCAUGCGGUCCAACAGCGAUUCGAGUAUAUUUUAAAAGAUUUGUAGUUUAAUUUUAGCAUUCUGAAUGCCAUUAUUUAAAUGAUAAUUACUGAGCGAUAACUGUGGUUAUAUCUUAACACUAAAUAAAUUAAUGUAUAUCGAGUGAAUCAAAAACUGUGUCUUUUUUUGGGGUUCGUAAAUAUUUUUAUAUUUUAAAUCUCUGAAUAUUGUUAAUUUUGAGGGACUUUUUAUUUAUGAGCUAGAUAAGCCCCUAAUGAGCAAAGCCGCUUUAUCGGUUGUUAUAGUUACGGUACCAUUUUAGCAUGCUUUUAGGGAUCACCUUAAAUAGUUUGCGCAUGAAAAACUCUGAAAAAUAUUGGCAAUAAUCUACAAACAACAUUCGAGCUUUUUGAAAUGGAGGAGACUUUAGGAAAAGUUGUAACUAUCUUGCUGCAAAGGCUUAAAGGUGAGCAAAGUUUCUUUUUAUUGCCAACGCAAAAACGAUAUAAAUUUAAUAAACACAGACAAAUAAAACACUUUCAAUCUUUGUUUUUUGUUUAUUUGGAAUUACUUAAUUCCAUAUCAACAUAAUAUUUUUAUUGAAUUCAGUAAAAUUUUUCAAACAUUUCAUUUUUCAUUUUUCGUUACUCGUACAUGACUUCAUUUUUGGGGUUUUUCUUCAAUUUUUUAUGUAGCUUUUUGUUGUUGUUCUUUUUCCUUCUUGACGUAAGUUCCAUUUAAUAUUACAGCUUAUAUUUUUUAUAUCUUUUUAAUAUUUAUAUUUUUAUAGUUAAACUUAAAUAAUACAAAAAGCAGUGUUUGUUUUUCAUCUUGUUACCCACAUUUUUUAGUUUACCUGUGAUUUUAUGAAGAAUUAUUUUAAACGUUAAUUAAAGCAAUCUUCUUAGACUUUUUAAUUUCUAAAAUAGACAACAAAAUCAAUAUUUUUUAUUGUUUAACUUGUCUUCAGAUUUAAGAACUUUUCGAACUA